CAUAGUGAUCCCUGUUUGGCUUCGCUCAUAGAAUAAGUGGACCUGCUCCUUCUGAACGUGGCCUCAGAAGGCAGAAAACUAUUCCCAGAAGCAGAGAAGGGAUGAGGACCCCGUGAAAGGCCAAGAGAUCAAAGAUGGAACAGCAAGACCCAUCUACCUCUGAAGCAGGACUUGGCCCUGAUGCCAUCAAGACUGAGACCCAUGUGGAGGAAUUCCUAGGGGAAAAUGUGCAGAAGAUCUUGGGGGAGAAUCCCCUCAGCUCAGAUGUGCAGCGCCAGCAGUUCCGGUGUUUCCUCUACCAGGCAGCUGAGGGGCCCCGAGAGGCUUGCAGCCGACUCCACCUUCUUUGCCGUGAGUGGUUGAAGCCAGAGCGACACUCAAAGAACCAGAUCCUGGACAAGGUGAUCCUGGAGCAGUUCCUGGCUGUCCUGCCCCCAGAGAUGGAGAGCUGGGUGAGGGAAUGUGGGGCCGAGACCAGUUCCCAGGCGGUGGCCCUGGCAGAAGGUCUCCUGCUGAACGUGGCAGAGGACGAGAAGCAGGCAGAGCAGCAGGUGAGAUGGCUGUCCCUGGUGUAG